AGGAGGUUGCUGAUAGUAGAAUAUUGUGCUUAGCCUUGGUGCAUCUUCCUGUUCAAAAAGAAAGCUGGAUUGUGUCCGGGACACAGUCUGGUACUCUCCUGGUCAUCAAUACCGAAGAUGGGAAAAAGAGACAUACCCUAGAAAAGAUGACUGAUUCCAUCACUUGUUUGUAUUGCAAUUCAUUUUCCAAGCAAAGCAAACAAAAAAAUUUUCUUUUGGUUGGAACCGCUGAUGGCAAUUUAGCAAUUUUUGAAGAUAAAACUGUUAAGCUUGAAGGAGCUGCUCCUUUGAAGAUACUAAAUAUAGGAAAUGUCAGUACUCCAUUGAUGUGUUUGAGUGAAUCCACAAAUUCAACAGAAAGAAAUGUAAUGUGGGGAGGAUGUGGCACAAAAAUUUUCUCCUUUUCUAAUGAUUUCACCAUUCAGAAACUCAUUGAGACAAGAACAAGCCAACUGUUUUCUUAUGCAGCUUUCAGUGAUUCCAACAUCGUAACAGUGGUGGUAGACACUGCUCUCUAUAUUGCUAAGAAAAAUAGCCCUGUUGUGGAAGUGUGGGAUAAGAAAACUGAAAAACUCUGCGAACUAAUAGACUGUGUGCACUUUUUAAGGGAGGUAAUGGUAAAAGUAAACAAGGAAUCAAAACACAAAAUGUCUUAUUCUGGGAGAGUGAAAGCUCUCUGCCUUCAGAAGAACACUGCUCUUUGGAUAGGAACUGGAGGAGGCCAUGUUUUACUCCUGGAUCUUUCAACUCGUCGAGUUAUACGUAUAAUUUACAACUUUUGUGAUUCGGUCAGAGUCAUGAUGACAGCACAGCUAGGGAGCCUUAAAAAUGUCAUGCUGGUAUUGGGCUAUAACCGGAAAAGUACUGAAGGUACACAACAGCAGAAAGAGAUACAAUCUUGCUUGACUGUUUGGGACAUCAAUCUUCCACAUGAAGUGCAAAAUUUAGAAAAACACAUUGAAGUGAGAAAAGAAUUAGCUGAAAAAAUGAGAGGAACAUCUAUUGAAUAAGAGAGAAACAGGAAUUAUCUUUGGAUAGGAAAAUUAUUCUCUUGUAAAUAUUUAUUUAAAAAUGUUCACAUGAAAAGGGUACUCACAUUUUUUGAAAUAGCUCAUGUGUAUAUGAAGGAAUGUUAUAUUUUUAAUUUAAAUAUAUGUAAAAAUACUUACCAGUAAACGUAUAUUUUAAAGAACUAUUUAAAACACAAUGUUGUAUUUCUUAUGAAUACCAGUUACUUUUGUGCAUUAAUUAAUGAAAAUAAAUCUGUGAAAUACCUAAUUUAAGUACUCAUACUAAAAUUUAUAAGGCCGAUAAUUUUUUGUUUUCUUGUCUGUAAUGAAGAUAAACUUUAUUUUAAAUUCUGUGCUUAAGACAAGACUAUUGCUUGUUGAUUUUUCUAGAAAUCUGCAAGGUAGAAUGAAAAUAUUAAGACAGUUUCCCCUGUAAUGUAUUCCCUCUUAGAUUGCUUUGAAAUGCACUGUCAUUUAUGCUUGCAAAUAUUCAAAUGAAUUUGCACUAAUAAAUUCCUUUGUUGGUAUGUGAAUUCUCUUUGUUGCUGUUGCAGACAGUGCAUCUUACACAACUUCACUCAAUCCAAAAGAAAACUCCAUUAAAAGUACUAAUGAAAAAACAUGACAUACUGUCAAAGUCCUCAUAUCUAGGAUAUCAGGAGAGUUUCUGUGUCUUUCCUAGACAUGAUAGAGUUGUUUUUCAACUCUAUCUUUGAGUAUGGAUACCCUGAAAUUUGUAUAAUUAGUGUAAAUACAGUGUUCAGUCCUUCAAGUGAUAUUUUUAUUUUUUUAUUCAUACCAUUAGCUACUUGUUUUCUAAUCUGCUUCAUCCUAAUGCUUAUAUUCAUCUUUUCCCUAAAUUUGUGAUGCUGCAGAUCCUACAUCAUUCAGAUAGAAACUUUUUUUUUUUCCAGAAUUAUAGAAUUCCUCAGCUCCUACCAAGACCAUGAGGACAAAUAUCUAACACUUUUCAGUUGCUGAAGAAGAAAAGAGCUUUAGUUAUGAUGGAUAAAAAUAUCUGCCACCCUAGGCUUCCAAAUUAUACUUAAAUUGUUUACAUAGCUUACCACAGUAGGAGUAUCAGGGCCAAAUACCUAUGUAAUAAUUUGAGGUCAUUUCUGCUUUAGGAAAAGUACUUUUGGUAAAUUCUUUGGCCCUGACCAGUAUUCAUUAUUUCAGACAAUUCCCUGUGAUAAGACAACUAGUCUAUUUAAUAUUCUCAGAACUUAUGGCAUUUGACUAUAUGAAAACUUUAAAUUUAUUUAUAUUCAGGGUGAUCAAAUUCUUAAACAUGAAAGAUUUUCUGUAUUUUAAAGGAACCCAUGCUUUAACUUGCUACGUAAUUAACGACAACAAAAAAAUACAGUAGAGCUCUUUGUUCCAGUGUUAUCUCUUUCAUUGUUACUUUGUAUGUAUUUGCAAAUUUUUUUACCAAAGACAAACACAAAAAUAGAAUACUGUAUUUACAUGGAAUAAUAAAAUUUUUAAAA